AGGGCAGCAAAAUGGCUGCCGUGUUAGGUCGAUAACAUUUGUGCCCUAAUGUUAACCUAGACCGCAGAUUUCAAACUCAAAUGCUCUCAUUAAGCGUUACAUUUAGCAUCUAGGAAUCGGCACCUGUUACCACAUUUAGACGCUGACAUGUUCCAGGUAGUCGGCGGGAGGAGCGUGCAGGCGGCGCGGCUCUUAGCGCCCAGGAGCGCCGUGCUCGUGGAAGCUGUCCGGGGCCGAAAGUCUCGCACCGACCCGGUAGCCAAGUCCAAAGAAGGGCGAAUUAAAGUGCCUCCCCCCGUCGAUCCGGUGGAGAUGGUAGUUCUCAAAGAGAGAUACACGGAAUACAAGCUGAUCAUGAGGGCGCUCCGUUUGGAGUUUAAGGAGGAGGUGCUACGAAAGAAGUACGAGGAGGAGACGGGCUCCCAGGCGGAGGAGAGGGCGAGGCAGGAGGCGGAGGAGCACCGAGCCCUGAUGGGCUGGAACAACGAGGAGAACCUGCGCAUGCUGAAAGCCAGAAUUCUGAGGGUCCAGAAAGAAGCAGAGGAAGCUGAGCGCAAGAAGAUUGAAGCUGCCAUUCAGCGGGAACAGGAACAGCAAGAAUUCAUCAAAGAAAAAGAGAGGGAGAUUUUGCAGCUGCAGGAGGAAGUAAAGAACUUCAUCACCAUGGAGAACUUGGAUCAACGAAUCGAGGAGGCACUGGACAAUCCAAAGAAUUACAACUUUGCCGUUAACAAAGAAGGGAAAGUCAUCAAACAGACAGUCCUGCAGUGAAACGACUGGAUGCACAGACAUGACUCUGUUGUGGUCCGGACUAAUCCGGCAGUUCAGUGAUCCAACUCCCUCUGGAGGAGCAUUUCAACACCUUUAAGCUGGAAAAAAAAAUCUUCUUUUAAAAAACAUUUCCAGCGUGGCAUCAUCCGCUUACACCUGGACCUAGUAGUUUCACCUCAAGGUCACACAGCCUUUAUUUUUCCCAUGUGUCUACUUUAUAUGGUCCCUUAUUUAAGUCAUGCGUCACCACAACAUGUAAUCAUUGCUGGCAUUUGUCAUGAGUUUUAGGGUAAGUUAAUGUAAACAGUAUUGAAACGGCUGCUGAAAAACGGGACUUAAUUUUUCUGCUUCAUUUUGGAGGCUAAGGACCAUUACACAUCUACAUGGUCAGGAUCUGUUUAUAUUGACUUCAUGAUGAUAACUGGUCUUUAUGUUGAACCAUGGUAUUAAAAUGCAUUUCCUUACCUUGA